UGCCCCUGUGUGUAUUUGGGGUUAGGGUUAGACUCAGGUAUUUCUCACCCUGUCGAGGAGAAGAGGGAGCCGAGCCCGUGGCUGCCUGAGAACCUUAUGGAACCCUGAGAGAGGGAGAGCAAGGGAGAGAGCGAGAGGAAGGGGAACCAGUGCCGUGAGUGGGGAGCGAGAAUGCUGUAAAGAGCACAGUUCAGGGAGGAAAUAAACUGGACUUUUCUGUCUAUAUUAUUUUUUUAAACUGGACUAUCUGAUACGUUGAGUGAGUGUCUGGUCUCAGUGGAUUAUACAGAACCAAACAGACAGAACCAGCACCAUGGGAGCCCCCAGGGUAAAGGUGUCCGUUAUCUCGCCGCUACUCGUGCUCCUAUUGUGCAUCCCUCCCUCCCACGCGCAGGACGAGUACUCUGGUUACCACUCAGGUGAUGAACACACCUAUGAGGGCUCCUUGGUCGACAACUAUGAGCAUUCAGGAUACCCACAACCAGAGGAAUACCCACCGGAGCACACUCACAGCUAUGAGGAGCAGCAACCCUCAUCUGGAUAUGACCCCUAUGUACCAGCCCCCACCAGCGUGAGCAUGAUCACAGAGGACUCCUACCCCUACACCACCACCACACAGGUGCCAUACGAGCAGGAGCCCUACUACGAAGAGUCGCUCCAGGCCCCUGGUGGUGGGGAGGCUUCUCUGGGGGAGGAGGGGCCAACAGACUGUAACUGUGAGCCAGGAGAGCCAGGGUUCGCUGGGUUUGCAGGGCCCAAGGGAGCCAGAGGACUGCAAGGUAAAGAUGGCUUCCCUGGGGCUCAAGGACGCGAGGGGUACAAAGGAUUCAAAGGAGUUCUAGGAAGAGGAGGAGACACAGGGCCUGAGGGUGACUCCGGGCCUGAUGGGGAGGAUGGUGCCUCUGGUUUCUCUGGAGCCCAGGGCUUGCCUGGUCUUCCUGGCGAUCCAGGUGAGACUGGGGUGCUAGGUCUGAAGGGUGACAUCGGUAUGGAGGGGCCACGCGGAGGAGUCGGGGUAACGGGUGAGACUGGUCCAAUUGGUGAGGCAGGGCCUGGUGGGCCUGAUGGAACUGGAGGUAUCAAGGGAUCAACUGGAGCAGAAGGGAAACAGGGUCCUGAGGGAACAGAAGGGGAAAAGGGUCAGAUUGGAGCACCUGGAUUCUCAGGAGACCAUGGGGAGAUGGGCUAUAAUGGGUAUCCUGGAGAGCCAGGAGGCAGAGGAGAGACUGGUCACAAGGGUGACCAAGGCCCAGGGGGCAUGCCAGGCAGUGAUGGGGAACCUGGAGAGGAUGGUCCUCUUGGAGUUCCCGGGGUGAUCGGCUUUCCUGGAGAGUUUGGACAAAAGGGCGCGAGAGGGGAUCGUGGUGUGAGGGGACCUCUUGGGAGAGUAGGAGCUGGGGGGCCUCAAGGAGAGAGGGGAGAUGCAGGAGUUCCAGGGAAACCAGGACCUAAAGGCCUGCAGGCCCAGCCUGGAGCCAAAGGGGAGACAGGUCCCGAUGGUGAUAAGGGUGGGGUUGGAAGAACUGGAGUGAAGGGAGGGAAAGGAGACAAGGGAAGUUUUGGAGCACAUGGUGACAAAGGACAGCAAGGGGAGAGAGGUACCAUCGGCCCUGAUGGCAUUGUUGGACGAAAUGGACCCCCCGGCAUCCCAGGCUCCAGAGGAGAGCCAGGUCCAGGCGGUGACCUGGGCGUCAAAGGUGGCUCUGGACCUAAAGGAGUGCCAGGUGCCCCUGGCCCUGGGCUGACAGAUGAGCAGGUAUUGCAGCUGUGUAAAGGAGUGGUGACAGCCCAGAUCUCCCAGUAUGCAGCUUCCAUCCGGGCCAAGUGUUCCCAAGGCUGCCCCAUCAACAACCGCACACUCAUUGGGCCGCCCGGAACCAGGGGACCAACUGGAGAAUCAGGCAAACCCGGUAAAGCGGGCAAAGCUGGAGUCAAAGGAGCCAGGGGCAUCCAAGGGGACACAGGAGUGGAUGGUCAGAAGGGGGCAGAGGGGGAAAGAGGAACAAAAGGUCCGAAAGGAAAGGGGGGUGAGCCUGGUAAAGGUCUGCCAGGACACGAUGGGCAUCAAGGUCUCAGAGGGCUGCCAGGCCACCCAGCAGAGCCAAAUAACGGUAUGGCAGGUCCCAGAGGGCCCCGUGGUUUCACAGGCGCUUUAGGUCAGCCUGGCAUGGCGGGCAACGCAGGAGUGCCCGGCUUCUGUGAGGCACGGGACUGCAGCAUUCACGCGCCUGUGAUGCGCAAGGAGCAGGGCCUAGUGAAGGGACCCCGCGAUCUAAGCCCCAAGAUCUAACCCCAACAAGGAGCUUCAGGAAAAGGACUAGGUGUGUGAGGUAGGAAUCAGGCGCAGAGAGCAGAGAGUUCCAAGGGAGAAGUGCACUUUAAUGUGGCACCAAAAUACAAUGCCCAAACACAGGGCUCGAAAAUACGGACCAACCCAAAACACAGGGUAGCCAGUCCGGAGCAUGAACACACCCAACAACACAACACGUAACACCAGAAUAAUCCCGCCGAAAACAAUGGCGGGUUUGCUAGCCUUAAAUAAGGACGCCCAUCAGGAAAACAUAAUAGGACAGAGGUGCAACUAAUAAGACUAAACCAACAGAAAAAGGAAAAGGGAUCGGUGGCGGCUAGUAGGCCGGUGACGACGACAGCCGAGCACCGCCCGAACAGGCAGGGGAGCCAACUUUGGCGGAAGUCGUGACACAUUUACAGAUGUUCACAGACAAGAUAACAAUGAUCAAUAUAAAAUAAAAACGUACUAUUUCAUAUUAUUUCAUAUUAAAAAUAAUACAUGGACAUUUGUUAUACAGUGUGUAUUGUAUAUGGAAUUUAUAUAGUUAUAUAAUCUGCCAAUGAUUUGUAGCACAAAAUGUCUGUCGAUUAAAUUAAUUUGCUAUAUUCAUUGGAUGUAGGUUUUGAUUUAUUAAAUAGAUUUUCAUGUACAUUCACGUGAACAGGAUGUUCAACUCCUCUUAACUGAUAUUUUUGUCAUUGUCAAUCUUCAUUUGAGAAUCAUCCCAACACGUUACAAGGCGGAAACAUAGCCCUGUAAACUCAAUUAUAUUACACGUGUUCUUAACAUUUGUACUUUUGUGUACAUAUGUUGGCAAUCAGAACCCUGAUAAAAAUGCAUCACAAUGUUUGGAAACAUUUUUUUUUAAUGCAUCACCACCACAUCACAUGACAGAUUAGAAAAUGAGCAGAACAUGAACAUGGGUGAUAGUCUCAUCAAAAGCAUGCAAAACAUUACAACUAUGCUACGAAAGUACACAUACAUGGCAUCAACGGACAAGAAAAUGAACUUGUUUAACGCUGCUCAUGUUCAAAAGGGCUCCUCUUAAUGUGUGUAAAAUGAUGGUUGUUAGUUCAUAUAAAAGUGUUUGGUUGUAUGGACUGGGGGCAGGUAAUAAGUAUUAUUAAUACCAAGUGUUAAACAAUAUUUUACAGUAUAUCUCUCUGAAAUCUACCUGGUGAAAUCUAUCCACUUCAUUGAGUCACUUGUCUCUAAGCUUAUUGUCUGAUCUAGGGGUCAGUAGGUGUAGCUAUAUUUGUACCAAUACAAAAUGGUCCAAUGCAAAGUGGAUAUUAUUUUAAAAACGGACACUACUUAAAAUAUAUAUUCUUAAAAUCUUGCAAAAUAAAUUCCUUAAUUUGAUGGGACAUAAAAACACAUACAAUUUGACAUUGGUCCCAAGGCAUAUUGAAGUACUGCCAUUUUGUGCCAAAACAUUGUCCAUAGGAGAGAUGAUUGGCUUGUAAUGGACCAUUUCACAGCUUGUUUUUCUAGCUAAUUGUACAUUCAUACUUUGGUAAUUUGUGCUUUUUAGAAUUAAUAGGUAAUAAAUAGCUUCAUAAAUAUAUGUAAUAAAUAACACUGUCUACAUGGCACAACAUGUUGAGGCAGUGGUCAGCAGCAA